UAUGGCUACAAAUGACCUGAUGACAGAAUUACAGAAAGAUUCCAUCAAGCUUGAUGAUGACAGUGAGAGGAAGGUGGUGAAGAUGAUUCUAAAAUUACUAGAGGAUAAGAAUGGCGAGGUGCAAAAUUUGGCUGUCAAAUGUCUUGGCCCGUUGGUCAGUAAGGUAAAGGAAUAUCAGGUGGAGACCAUUGUAGAUACGCUCUGCACUAACAUGCUUUCAGAUAAAGAGCAGCUGCGUGAUAUUUCAAGCAUUGGCCUCAAGACGGUCAUCGGAGAACUUCCACCAGCUUCCAGUGGAUCUGCCUUAGCAGCCAAUGUUUGUAAAAAGAUCACAGGGCGUCUUACUAGUGCUAUAGCCAAGCAGGAAGAUGUGUCUGUUCAACUAGAGGCCUUGGACAUAAUGGCUGACAUGCUGAGCAGGCAAGGAGGACUGCUUGUUAACUUCCAUCCUUCAAUUCUGACCUGUCUGCUCCCCCAGCUGACUAGCCCCAGACUUGCUGUGAGGAAAAGAACCAUCAUUGCUCUUGGUCAUCUGGUUAUGAGUUGUGGCAAUAUAGUUUUUGUUGACCUCAUUGAACACCUCUUGACAGAGCUGUCUAAAAAUGAUUCCAUGUCAACAACUAGGACCUAUAUACAAUGUAUUGCUGCUAUCAGUAGGCAAGCUGGUCACAGAAUAGGUGAAUAUCUUGAGAAAAUAAUCCCUUUGGUGGUAAAAUUUUGUAAUGUGGAUGAUGAUGAACUAAGAGAGUACUGCAUUCAAGCCUUUGAAUCCUUUGUGAGGCGAUGUCCUAAAGAAGUUUAUCCUCAUGUGUCUACCAUUAUAAACAUUUGUCUUAAAUACCUUACUUAUGAUCCCAAUUACAAUUAUGAUGAUGAAGAUGAAGAUGAAAAUGCUAUGGAUGCAGAUGGUGGUGAUGAUGAUGAUCAAGGGAGUGAUGAUGAAUAUAGUGAUGAUGAUGAUAUGAGCUGGAAAGUGAGGCGUGCAGCUGCUAAAUGCUUGGAUGCAGUGGUUAGCACAAGGCAUGAAAUGCUUCCAGAAUUCUACAAGACAGUGUCUCCUGCUUUGAUAGCAAGAUUCAAAGAGCGUGAGGAGAAUGUAAAAGCAGAUGUUUUCCAUGCAUAUCUUUCUCUUUUAAAACAAACUCGACCUGUGCAGAGUUGGCUUUGUGAUCCUGAUGCAAUGGAACAAGGAGAGACACCUUUGACAAUGCUUCAGAGUCAGGUUCCCAAUAUAGUUAAAGCCUUACACAAACAGAUGAAGGAGAAAAGUGUAAAGACUCGUCAGUGUUGCUUUAACAUGCUAACUGAGCUGGUAAAUGUGUUACCUGGAGCCCUGACGCAACAUGUUCCUGUACUUGUUCCAGGGAUAAUUUUUUCACUGAACGACAAAUCAAGCUCUUCUAAUCUGAAGAUUGAUGCUUUGUCUUGUUUGUAUGUGAUCCUCUGUAACCAUUCUCCCCAAGUCUUCCAUCCUCAUGUUCAAGCAUUGGUACCACCAGUUGUAGCUUGUGUUGGAGACCCGUUUUACAAGAUAACCUCAGAGGCACUUCUGGUUACACAACAGCUUGUGAAGGUCAUUCGCCCUUUAGACCAGCCUUCUUCCUUUGAUGCUACUCCAUAUAUCAAAGAUUUAUUUACUUGCACGAUCAAGAGAUUGAAGGCUGCUGAUAUUGAUCAAGAAGUAAAAGAGAGGGCAAUAUCUUGCAUGGGCCAGAUUAUUUGUAGCCUUGGUGAUAAUCUGGGUACUGACCUGCCUAAUACACUUCAGAUAUUCCUGGAGAGACUAAAGAAUGAGAUUACUCGGCUAACUACAGUGAAGGCCUUGACGUUGAUUGCUGGCUCUCCUUUGAAGAUAGAUCUCAGGCCAGUCCUUGGGGAAGGUGUUCCUAUUCUUGCUUCUUUCCUCAGGAAGAACCAGCGAGCUUUGAAACUGGGAACGCUUUCUGCUCUAGAUAUAUUAAUUAAAAAUUACAGUGACAGCUUGACAGCUGCCAUGAUUGAUGCAGUGCUGGAUGAGCUUCCACCUCUCAUAAGUGAGAGUGAUAUGCAUGUAUCACAGAUGGCAAUCAGUUUUCUGACUACACUGGCUAAAGUGUAUCCUUCCUCCCUGUCAAAGAUCAGUGGGUCCAUUCUCAAUGAACUUAUUGGGCUGGUGAGAUCACCCCUACUGCAGGGUGGAGCACUUAGUGCCAUGCUAGAAUUUUUCCAAGCUUUGGUUGUGACUGGAACAAAUAAUUUGGGAUAUAUGGAUUUACUGCGUAUGUUAACGGGUCCAGUGUAUUCACAGAGCACAGCACUUACUCACAAGCAGUCUUAUUAUUCCAUUGCCAAAUGUGUAGCUGCGCUUACACGAGCUUGCCCUAAAGAAGGACCCGCUGUAGUAGGUCAGUUCAUUCAAGAUGUCAAGAACUCAAGAUCUACGGAUUCCAUUCGUCUUUUAGCUUUGCUUUCUCUUGGGGAAGUUGGGCAUCACAUUGACCUAAGUGGACAAAUUGAGCUCAAGUCUGUAAUAUUAGAAGCAUUCUCCUCUCCUAGUGAAGAAGUAAAGUCUGCAGCAUCUUAUGCACUGGGCAGUAUUAGUGUUGGUAAUCUUCCUGAAUAUCUACCAUUUGUAUUACAAGAAAUAACUAGUCAACCUAAGAGGCAGUACCUUCUUCUCCAUUCCUUGAAAGAAAUAAUUAGCUCAGCAUCAGUGGUAGGUCUGAAACCAUAUGUUGAGAACAUCUGGGCCUUAUUGCUGAAGCACUGCGAAUGUGCAGAAGAGGGUACAAGGAAUGUUGUUGCUGAAUGUUUGGGCAAGCUUACUUUAAUAGACCCAGAGACUCUUCUCCCACGGCUCAAGGGAUAUUUAGCAUCAGGAUCAUCAUAUGCUCGAAGCUCAGUAGUUACUGCCGUGAAGUUCACUAUUUCUGAUCAUCCACAACCCAUAGAUCCACUGUUGAAGAAUUGCAUAGGUGACUUCCUGAAAACACUGGAAGACCCAGAUCUCAAUGUAAGGAGAGUAGCUCUAGUGACAUUUAACUCAGCAGCACACAAUAAACCAUCAUUAAUAAGGGACCUUUUAGAUACUGUGCUUCCUCAUCUUUACAAUGAAACAAAAGUGAGAAAGGAGCUAAUAAGAGAGGUGGAAAUGGGACCAUUUAAGCAUACAGUUGAUGAUGGGCUGGACAUCAGAAAAGCUGCUUUUGAGUGCAUGUAUACGCUUUUAGAUAGCUGUUUGGAUAGACUAGACAUAUUUGAAUUCUUAAACCAUGUUGAAGAUGGCUUGAAGGAUCACUAUGAUAUUAAGAUGCUAACAUUUUUAAUGUUGGUGAGACUGUCUACCCUGUGUCCAAGUGCAGUACUACAGAGGUUGGAUAGACUUGUUGAACCCUUACGUGCCACAUGUACAACAAAGGUAAAGGCAAAUUCGGUGAAACAGGAGUUUGAAAAACAAGAUGAACUCAAGCGAUCUGCCAUGAGGGCAGUAGCAGCACUUCUAACUAUUCCAGAAGCAGAAAAGAGUCCAUUAAUGAGUGAAUUUCAGUCGCAGAUAAGCUCUAACCCUGAGCUGGCAGCCAUCUUCGAAAGUAUCCAAAAAGAUUCAUCAUCCACUAACUUGGAAUCAAUGGACACUAGUUAGAUACUUGUUCAAAAUGGGGACCAUUACGUUGAACCAUAUGAUGCACUGAUUUGACAGGUUAAAAGUAAGAAAUGGAAAAAUACCUAAUCUUCACACUUGUUCCAUUUUAUUUACUUUUAUGGAAACAGUUGGCUUUUUUCCCAUUGUUGCUUUUCUUGCAUUUAUUCCAGAAAUGUAUUUCCAUAAUCCAGAGUUUGUAAAGCACUCAUGUUUUAGUGGAUUUGGCCACAUUUGGAAAUAAAAAGUUUAAGUGCAUGGUGUAUGGAAAUUAGGUUCCAACAUCCAUUUGCCACUUAAUGUUUAGGAUUAAAAUGUUAAAAUUUCAUGACCAUGGUUUUUUCUUUUUAUUAAGUUUCUCUUCCUGUAAAAACAAAACCACCACGUUUUUGUACAACUUUUAUUCUUUUUUUGUUUUAGUUACAUAAAUUGAUUUGGCUGGCAGAUGAGAGAUUCUUCUGUGUAAGAUUUAUUAUUACUGAGGGUUUGGGGACAGUUUUAAAAUACGGACAUAAAUAUGUGUCAUUUUUAAAGGUGUGGGGAAUUAGAAAAGUAAUAUCCCUGUUGUGCACACUAAUUUUGCAUGAGCAAGUUUACAAAUAUAUUGUCUGUAAAACAGCAUGUGCAGUUUAUUCAUAAUACAAGUUAAAAUAAGUACUACUGUAUCAGUGCGAUUUGCAGGUAUUAUUUUUACAAAGAAAAUGUUCAUAGAAGAGGGGAGAAAGAGAGGGUUAAGUUUUAAUACAAGUCUCUAAUUUCAGUUACGGUGGUCUAUAGGUAAAGUAAUCACUAUUCCAGUGUUUCCCAACCUGGGGAAUGGAUCACUUGGAAGACAAGCCAGGAGCUUGUGCGGGUGUGGGGUAGGGAAAAAUUCAGAGAGUAAGUAAAACAUGGAAUCCUGGACCAAAUUUGCAUUCUACUAUAAACAUACCCAAGCAGAUUGUUUCUCAGAAGAUCUCUGCCUUCCAUCCCUUGUUUUGCAACUCCCAAUAGAUGAAAUUGUAUAGUAUUGUAGAUUCAUGCAUCUACUUGGUAGACUGCAAUUUUUUUUUGCUAGUCAGAAGUAAUAGCAAUAUGGUGGCCAAGGGACCUCAUUGGCAAGCUCACACACUUCAAGCAUCAUGUAAUCUUCUGGUGAGUAGCAGACUGGGGAGUAGGACUUCGGAGGUGGUGGUUAUUGCAAGUGGCGGCUUCAUCAUAAAGUUGGGAACCACUGCCUUAAACUGAAGUUUGUCACUUCUUUGAUUACAGUUGUUUUGUGUUAAAAUUUAAGUCUUCAUGUUUUUUCUCUGGUUUCAUUUUACUUGAUAACUUUUUAGCCAUUUACAAAUUCUUAAAAUCAAAUAUUGCUGUUGUCUGGCAUACAUUGACUGUUACUGGAGUAUCUCAUGCAUGCAUUUUUAAUGAACUCUGAGAAGCUCAUAGUAGUAUGUCAGGAUUUGUUAGCUACCAGAUGAAUGGUUUAAUUUUGCUUACACAUUUGCAAACUGGUGGGGUUUGAUGCCUUUCUUUUUAAAAGGACCUGUAUGGAGAAGUUUACAUGAACUCAAAUGGUAGUUACAAUUGCAAGUAACACUGCAAAGUAAUCAUUUUGAUAUUGUAGCUUAUCUAUCUUCAUAGUCUUCAUGCUCAUGUAACAAAGUUGUCUUUUGGAAGUAGAAAUAAAGGACAUCUUAAAUUGUACCAACAUAUUUAAAUAUGGUGGAAAAGGAUGGUGGUCAACAUUAGUGAGAAAUGCCAUAUGUUGGGGGAGGGGAGAAUACACUUUUAUUAUUGGGACCAUGAUGCAGGAGAAUUAAAUACUCCUUUGUAUUUCAUCUAAUUUUAACCAUAAUGUGAUGCUCUGAAUUAAAAAUCUAUUGAGA